CCCGGAAGCUUCCGCGGAGUUUAACGGCUCCCGUCGUUUUUACACCCCAGUCUCCGUAAAUGCGACGAGAUGAAAGCUAAUGCUCCUUAUAAAUCUCAAUCCCACUACUAUUUGGAUUUUCUCGAUGGGAAUCUUCGCCAUUUGAGUCUGUUUCUUAGCUUCUUGGCCAACUUUGAAGACGCACCUUAACCCUGCAGAGCGGCCGAAAUGGACAUAUCUUUGCCGCCGAGGACCGAGCCAGGAAUGGAUUGAGCUCCAGAAGCUGGCGUCAUCCUGCUGACAAUGAAGGAAGAUCGUGGAGAUCUUGACUAUUCCCUGUUAGAUUCGAUCUUCGUAAACUGGAAAACAGCUGAAAAUCCAUGCCCGAAAUUCUUUGUCAAAGUGCGCCAGUGCAAUGCUGCGCACACGCCCUGAAUGUGUCAGCUGUCCUGCACGUACACUCUGAUAUCCUAAAGGUUCUCAGCAGCUUAAUUAGUCCCUUAAUUUAACUAAAUACAUACUUUAAACUAGUUUGUCCCAAAAACUGUUAUGCAACUUUAUUUUAUGUAAAUGUGUGUUUAAAAAAAAAAAGACUGCCCCCCUAAGGUUGAGGCAGAAUUUGGACCCUCCACCCUGUAGUUGUAUGGGAAGCAGCUCUAGUCGUCAUAGAGUUGUUGACCGUCAGCAAUGGGCGGUUCCGUGUCCUGCUGCUUCUCUCCUGCAGAGAGCCCAAAGAUCCACAGAAGGCAGGUAGAACUUGACGAGUGUCUGAUCACCACGACUGAGGACGUGAGCGAGGACACCGGGACCUACCUGCAGCACAUCAGUGACAGAGAGCUCCCUGAUGAGCUAGAAGCAAACCCAUCAGACCACCCAAGAGCCAGUACCCUCUUCCUCAACAAAUCACAGACAGAUGUGCGCGAGAAGAGGAAAAGCAACUACAUGAAUCACGUGUCCCCAGGGCCCCUGACGAAGAAGUAUAGCUCCUGCUCAACAAUAUUCUUAGACGACAGCACGGUCAGUCAACCCAACCUCAAGAGCACCAUCAAAUGCGUUUCAUUGGCCAUAUACUAUCACAUUAAAAACAGGGAUUCAAACCGCUCGCUCGACAUCUUUGAUGAAAAGAAGCAUCCUUUAUCGCAGAGGGAGAAGGUCCCAGACGAUUACUCGGUAGUCGACCCAGAGCACAAACUCAUCUACCGCUUUAUCAGAACGCUCUUCAGCUCUGCGCAGCUCACCGCUGAGUGCGCCAUUGUUACUCUGGUGUACCUGGAAAGGCUUCUGACUUAUGCCGAAAUCGACAUUUGUCCUUGCAACUGGAAACGCAUUGUCCUUGGAGCUGUUCUGUUGGCGUCCAAAGUCUGGGACGAUCAGGCGGUGUGGAACGUCGACUACUGCCAGAUCCUCAAAGACAUUACCGUGGAGGACAUGAAUGAGAUGGAGCGCCAUUUCCUCGAGUUGCUCCAGUUCAAUAUCAACGUCCCCGCCAGCGUCUAUGCCAAGUAUUACUUCGACCUGCGCUCGCUGGCCGAUGACAACAACCUCAACUUCCCUCUGGAGCCGCUCAGCAACAAGCGAGCCAAAAAACUGGAAGCCAUAUCCAGGCUGUGUGAGGACAAAUAUAAGGACAUGAGCAAAUAUCUUAUGAGGAGGUCUGUCAGUGCAGACAACCUGGUGGGAGUCCGGAAUUCCCAGGCGAUCCUGUCCUGAACGACGGCCACGAAAAAGCUUCCUCAUGUUGACGCCUUGUUUUCCCUCCUAAUCUUUCUUCAUGGAGUGCUGUCCGGUUGUAGCCGCCAACCCUACCCCGCCUCUAUUUACACAACAUACUGUUUUGAACUACCCUGUGGUGUAGUUCUGCACAAGAACUAUGAGUAGACUUAUGUUUUGCUUACUAUGUAGGCUCCUAUAGCUGUAAAAUGUACAAGACUUUAUUUAUGUCCAAUAAAUUUCAGUCGCUAUUAAAAGGUGAGUCUGAUAGAGAAAGCA